AUGGCCGCCGCUUUUGAUGAGGAAGAUCUAGCGAUCCCACUCGCUUCUUCUGACCGUGAACGUGACCUCCCUCGUGACCGCACCAGGCCGGUCAGCUCCAACCCCUCCGCCAUGGCUAUGCCGCCGCCCUCGCGCCCGACCGCUAGAGCGGAGGCCACCCAGUCCCCCGCAACCACACGAGAUAUGCAGCGCCUCGAUCAGUAUCAGACCGUGAAGAUUUUGGGUGAGGGUUCGUUUGGAAAGGUGAAGCUGGCCAUUCACCAGCCAAGUGGCCGGCAGGUUGCCCUCAAAAUCAUCUCUCGGCGUAAGCUACUGUCUCGGGACAUGGUCGGCCGUGUGGAACGAGAGAUUCAGUACCUCCAAUUGCUCCGACAUCCUCAUAUCAUCAAAUUAUACACCGUUAUCGCCACCAAGACCGACAUUGUGAUGGUCCUCGAGUACGCCGAGCGAGAACUGUUCGAUUACCUGGUGCGAAAAGGCAAAUGCAACGAUGACGAAGCCCGAAAGUUUUUCCAGCAAAUUAUUUGUGCCGUCGAAUACUGCCACCGACACAAGAUCGUUCACCGUGACCUGAAACCCGAGAACCUGCUCAUCGACAGCCAGAAAAACGUCAAAAUUGCCGAUUUCGGUUUGAGUAAUAUUAUGACAGAUGGCAAUUUCCUCAAAACUAGUUGUGGUAGCCCGAAUUAUGCAGCCCCAGAGGUUAUUUCCGGAAAGCUUUACGCAGGUCCUGAGGUGGAUGUUUGGAGUUGCGGUGUGAUCCUCUAUGUGCUGUUGGUUGGCCGGCUACCCUUUGACGACGACUACAUCCCCGCUCUCUUCAAGAAGAUCGCGGCAGGCAACUUCCACAUUCCGAGUUACAUCUCUCCCGGAGCUGCCAGGCUAAUCCGGGCCAUGCUCCAGGUUCACCCCGUCCACAGAAUCACCAUCCCCGAGAUUCGGGAUGAUCCGUGGUUUAGCAAGAACAUCCCCAAGUACCUGGAACCUCCAGCCGAAGAGUAUAUCGCACCCGGUACCGACCAGAGCAAGGCCAAUGAUGCCAAACUCGCUCCUGGAAAACCGCUUCCAGUACAACACAAGGUUCAUCAGAUUGCCGUGUCGAAGCUCGAGCGAAGCAUGGGAUAUGGCCGUGAAGAUAUUGAGGAUGCACUCAGACAUCCGGAGCCCAGCGCAAUCAAAGAUGCAUUUUCUAUCGUCGUUGAAAAUGAAAUGAUGCAAACGAACUCUCCUACUGAAGAUAAUUUAAUGGUCUCAAACGUGCCUCCGCAACCUAAGGGACCCGCAAAGCCGACGGUCGAUCGAGCCACCGCUGCCCCCAAAGCUCAGGCGCCACCCGUCUCAGUCACCGCUCGGAAACAGAGCAUCUCGCGUCGCAUCCGCACCGAAGACGCACAAGUCGACUCCGAGUCUGAAGAGCCACGUCCCAGCCAUGUUCGAAUUCUGCCAACUAGUCUCCCAUAUGUGCAUGAUCAGCUCAUGGAGCAACGAGAUCGAGAGCAAAGGGCUCGUGUCGACGAAGUGCGUCGGAAAGAAGCUGCUCGGACCGAGGCGGAGGGACUCGGGUCCGAACCUCUGGAGCUGACACCCGAAGAGCAAGCUGCUACAGUUCGAGCAUUGAAGCCUCAUGCUCGGAGUAUAAUUGAUCUUGAUAAAUUGCGCCUGGAACCACCGAUUGGUCACCCCAUUUCGCAGCAGCCCCCUAAGCGAUCACGCAAAUGGCAGUUUGGUAUCCGCUCGCGCAAUCAGCCCUAUGAGGCCAUGCUGUAUUUGUAUCGGGCAAUUGCUGCCCAGGGUGGUGUUUGGGAUGUCCAGCCCGUCGAGUCAGGAACUCAAAUUGGACCGGAAGCGACGCCUUCCCCGGAUAAACCUAAGCCGCUCCAGAACAAAUACCCUGAUCUUCCAUCGGAUUACUAUAUUCCUAAGGACCCUUGGUUUAUUCGUGCACGCUUGCUGAAAGAGGGAGUCAAGGCCCCCGGAGCAUCAACCAGUGUUUUUAAUAGCCGCAGUGACCUCGGGGAACUGCGUCGGCGGUUCCAUAUAUCGGGCAUUUCGACUCCAUUUGAGGACAAAGAGCCGAAGUCUUCUGCAUCGGACAACAGUGCACCCUCUGCACCUUCAUCUGCUACACAACAGAACGGCCUUCCAAGUAUCUCCCACGGCGUCUGGGUCUUCGUUGACAUUCAACUUUACCAGUUAGAGGAGAAUAACUACAUGGUUGAUUUCAAAUGUGAUGGCUACCAGAAUGUCAUCCGUGCUCAGGGUGACACAGAAUGGACUCCCAUAAGCAAGCGUCUCAAGAACAAGGAGAAGGAGGUGACUAGCCCCUACCCUUUCCUAGAUGUGGCAUCCGAUCUUGUGGCUCAGCUGGCUGUUGCCAGUUAA